UCUCAACUCAUAGUAUGGUGCAAUAAUACAUCAUAGGUUAUUUUCUUAUAAAAUCCAUUAAUUUCUUGGUAAAAUCUACAAAAUGCCUAGCGAAGGAGAGAUUGAUUUUAUGACUGAAGAGAGAACCGAAGCUGAGGGGGCUCCUUCGAGUGCGGAAGAGGAUAUCGUGACACCAUGGAGCGUCUCUAGUGCCUCCGAGACCGGCGUCGAUUAUGACAAAUUGAUAAAAAGGUUUGGCAGUUCAAAGAUUGACCAAGAUGUUAUAACACUAAUGGAAAAAAUCAUAGGACGUCCAGUUCACCAUUUAAUCCGUCGAGGAAUAUUUUUCUCCCAUAGAGAUUUGAAAACUUUAUUAGAAAAACAUGAACAAGGACAACCUUUUUAUUUAUAUACUGGAAGAGGUCCUUCCUCGGGGUCUAUGCAUAUUGGACAUCUUAUACCUUUCAUGCUCACAAAAUGGUUGCAAGAAGCUUUUGAUGUACCUUUAGUAAUUCAGUUAACGGACGAUGAAAAAACUUUAUGGAAAAACAUAUCACCUGAAGAAUGCACACAAAUGGCUCGAGAUAAUGCUAAAGAUAUUAUAGCAAUGGGAUUUGAUGUCAAUAAAACUUUUAUUUUCUCAGAUUUAACAUUCAUGGGACAGUGUCCUGAUUUUUAUAAGAAUGUCAUCCGUAUUCAAAAAUGUGUAACAUAUAAUCAAAUCAAAGGAAUUUUUGGGUUCGGUGACUCGGAUGUCAUUGGUAAAAUAGCUUUCCCGGCAGUUCAAGCAGCACCAGCUAUAUCGACGACGUUUCCAUUUAUUUUCAAUAACAAAAAGGUUCCUUGUCUGAUACCAUGUGCGAUAGAUCAAGACCCCUAUUUCAGGAUGACCCGUGAUGUUGCCCCAAGAAUAGGAGCUCAUAAGCCUGCUCUUAUACAUGCUAGUUUCUUCCCGGCUUUGCAAGGUGCAAAAACCAAAAUGUCAUCGAGUGAACAAAACACAGCUAUAUUUUUAACCGACACACCAAAGCAAAUUAAGACAAAGAUUAACAAAUAUGCAUUUAGUGGUGGAAAAGUGAGCGUAGAAGAACACCGAGCCUUAGGUGGUGAUUGUUCGGUGGAUGUUUCAUAUCAAUUACUUAAAUUCUUUUUGGAAGACGAUAAUGAAUUGGAAGAAAUUCGAGUUGCAUACAGUACAGGAAAAAUGCUAAGUGGAGAAAUUAAGGCAAAAGCUAUUGAGGUUCUUCAGCCAAUAGUUGCAAACCAUCAAAAGCUCCGAUUGGAAGUAACAGAUGAGAUUUUAGAUCAAUUUAUGUCACCUAGAUCAUUGAAUUUUAAUUGAAAACAAAAUUACCAAGAUGCAACUGGAUUUGUGUUAUUUUAUAAAUAUAUUGUAAAGCUUUGCACAAAAACUAUGUGCAUUCCCAUUG